AUGGCACUGGCCUGUGCUGGCACGGGGCUGUCGGUGCGGAUGUGCUGGAGCAGCCCCAGGCUGGAAGAUGUGAUGUCUCUGCUGCUGCUUGGCCGUGCUCACUGUGUUCAAGUUGUAUCUCAGCUGGCUUCAGUUGAAACGUGUUUUUGUGUAGCAUCUAUGACUGUGCCAGUGUACAUUGCAGAAGUUGCUCCACCGCACUUAAGAGGCAGAUUAGUCACCAUUAACACUCUGUUCAUCACUGGAGGGCAGUUUUUUGCAAGCGUCGUCGAUGGAAUCUUCAGCUACCUCGCAAAGGACGGAUGGAGGUACAUGCUGGGCCUGUCAGCUGUUCCAGCAGUUAUACAGUUUCUUGGAUUCCUCUUUCUUCCUGAAAGCCCCCGCUGGCUCAUUCAGAAAGGCCAGACUCAGAGAGCACGGAGAAUUCUGUCUCAAAUGCGUGGCAACCAGGCAAUUGAUGAGGAGUACGACAGUAUCAAAAACAACAUUGAAGAAGAAGAAAACGAAGUUGGAGCAGCUGGACCUGUGAUCUGCAGAAUGCUAACAUACCCUCCAACUCGAAGAGCCUUAAUUGUGGGUUGUGGUCUGCAGAUGUUUCAACAACUGUCAGGGAUUAACACCGUCAUGUACUACAGUGCUACCAUUUUGCAGAUGUCAGGAGUUGAAGACGACAGGCUUGCAAUCUGGCUGGCUGCACUGACAGCAUUUAUAAACUUCAUUUUUACUCUCGUGGGAGUCUGGCUUGUUGAAAGAAUGGGUCGCCGGAAACUUACACUUGGUAGCUUAACAGGUACUGCUGUAGCACUCAUUAUCCUAGCUUCGGGAUUUUUGCUAUCAGCUCAGGUCUCGCCAAGAAUCACACUUAAUCCACCAGAUCCUUCACAUCAAAACUCUACCUGCACAAAAUACAGUUAUUGUAAUGGAUGUAUGUUAGAUCCAGACUGUGGUCUCUGCUACAAAUUGAAUAAAUCAAGUGUUGUUGAGUCCUCAUGCAUUCCUGUUGAUAAAGAUUCUACAAUGAAAGCAGCGUGGGGCAGGUGUUCAAAUGAAACAGUAUUCAAAAAGGAAGACUUGUUCUGGGCAUACAAUUUCUGCCCCACUCCAUACUCUUGGACAGCACUUCUGGGCCUUAUUUUAUACUUGGUUUUCUUUGCACCUGGGAUGGGUCCUAUGCCCUGGACUAUCAAUUCUGAAAUUUACCCACUUUGGGCUAGAAGUACAGGAAACGCCUGUUCCUCUGGAGUCAACUGGGUUUUCAAUGUGCUCGUGUCACUGACAUUUCUGCAUACAGCUGAAUACCUGACGUACUAUGGAGCCUUCUUCCUCUAUGCCGGGCUUGCUGGCUUGGGACUGGUUUUCAUCUACGGCUGCCUUCCUGAGACUAAAGGGAAAAAACUAGAGGAAGUUGAAUCUUUGUUUGAAAACAGGCUAUGUACAUGUGGUAUGUCAGAUUCUGAUGAAGGGAGGUAUAUCGAGUAUAUUCGGGUGAAGGGAAGUAAUUACCAUCUUUCUGACAAUGAUGCUUCUGAUGUGGAAUAA